GCAUACGUCCUUAGUGACACGCAGUAACCGGUCAUUCAUCCUUCUAUGUAGUCAGACCGAAAGUAGAGGACAGUUGCCAGACAUUGUUUUACUUUUUUUUUAUUCCACUGUAUGCUUUUCCGUGCACUUAGUACUCUAUCCAAGAAGGUAUCGAAGGCCGUGUACCGAGUACCUCUCGCCAUGAAGCCUCAGGUUGUAUUUGUGUUGGGUGGGCCUGGUGCCGGGAAAGGAACCCAGUGCGCUAAAAUCGUGGAGAGCUAUAGCUACACACACUUGUCGGCAGGCGACCUGCUGCGAGCAGAACGGAGUCGGGAAGGGUCAGAGGUCGGACAGCUCAUUGACAGCUACAUCAAGGAGGGCAAGAUAGUUCCGGUGGAAAUCACUAUCAGCCUACUGAGGAAGGCCAUGGAGGAGACCAUGAACCUGGACAAGGAGAAGUUCCGUUUCCUGAUUGACGGCUUUCCCCGUAACCAGGACAACCUGCAGGGUUGGAGCAAGGUCAUGGACGGCAAGGCCGACGUCAGAUUCAUUCUCUUCUUCGAAUGCGGUAACCAGGUGUGCAUUGACAGGUGUCUGGAGAGGGGGAAGAGCAGUGGGCGCACAGACGACAACAGAGAGAGUCUGGAGAAACGGAUCCAGACGUACCUGCAGUCGACGCGGCCCAUCAUCGAGCUGUACGAGAAGCAGGGGAAGGUGCGCAGCGUGGACGCCUCCCGUGACGUGGACGAGGUGUUUGCUGAUGUGAAGAAAAUCCUGGACAAAGAAGGGUAGAGCCCCCCGCAGUAUCACCCUGCCCCCAGCCCAACUGGCCAUCCAAGCAGCCAAAGACAGGACCCCUCAGGCUUCGUUUUACCACUGUUGGAUUUAACAGAAUUCAAGUCACAGUUAGGCAAUACUCUAUAUGUUUACAUAUAUAUGCUGAAAUAUAUUUCUUUGUAAAAAUGCAGGCUAUGUUGGGUGGGGAGUGUAGAGCCUUUGGGGAUUGGCGGUUUGGAGGACCCUGCCCCACAAUGUACACUGUCCUUUGUUUAGGAACUUAUGGGCAGGAACAAGUGGGCAUGGCUGACUUGUGGAAAACAGUUUCUUGGACGCUUAUGUAGUUAUGUAGGAGCACUUACUUUUUAGACUGUCUCUGAGCUUGACAGAUACUCAGUUUAAAUGGCAGUAGGAGGUAGAUACUGCAGAGAGCUUAUUUGUUUUGUUAGCUGUGCGGCUUCAGUUGCUGUGUGUGUGUGUCUGUCUAUCUGUCUGUCUGUGUCUUUGUGUGUGUGUGUGGAGAGAAUGAACAUGACACCUUACAUUUGUGCACAACGGUUAUAGGGAGCUGCGAGUUGUCUGCAGAUAUUAAUGAUGUCCCACACAGAGAGCAGUUUGACCUCCUGCUGUGUGGUGGUCAGAGUGGAGGUGGAGGAGGGCCCUGGAGAGAGUCCCUGUGGGAGGAGAGGGUCCCCCGCACUGAGAGAGGUGCGAGCUGUUGGUGGCUUGCAGCGCCUCCUCUCGACCCCCAAAUAGAGAGCCAUACCUCUUCUGUUAACAUAGCUAUUCCGUCCCCUGUGGUGUUUCAAUAAUGAGUUGUCAUUUGCUGUCUCUCUCUCUCUCUGUCUCUGCCGUAGCCUCUGUCUUUUUAAAAAUACCUCUGAUCAGUGAGACAUUGGUCAUUUUCACAGUUGUCAUGAUGUGACCAGAUAAAUAUUUUUUUUUAAUUAAUGUACGUUGUGGCAUUAUACCAUUGUUGUUCUCUGUGUAAUUGUAGAUCUGGUUUUAUACUGAACUGCACCACUGCCCCCCCCCCCCCCCAGUACUGCAUCGUUUAUCAGCUCUCUCUCUCUUCCUCCCUCCCUCCACUCCCUCCCUUACUGCAGAGUCUCUGGUGCUGUAACUUCAGUCAUCAGUAAAAGUGUACAAAUGUAGUUUGAAAACCGUUUUUUCAUGUUCAUGCGUCAUUGUAAAAUCAUGAAAAUUUGCCAGAAAAAAGGACCAUUUACUUAAACUUGAAUUUGUUUUUAUUUCUGUGAGGAACAAAAAAUUAAAAGGAAGAAUUGAAAUGUAAAAAUAUAUUAUUCCCUCCUA